AUGGCUUAUAUUGAUAAUUCUGGUUCUCAUCUAAUUAAAUUAUCAAACACUGAUGAGAGUGAUGAAUGUAAAUCUUCACUUCAUACGAAUAUUUGCACAGAAAUGAAUGAUGGAAAAACAAUUUUCGGAAAAUCAAAUUUUGAUGAUCAAGAGAAUAUGCGAUGGACAAUUAUGGAUCGAUUCAAGGAAAAGUUUAAUACUGUUGAUCAUUUGACUGAUCCGAAUUCAAUAAUGAAUUUAAUGAGUCAAUUUAUCAAACAUGGUAUUCAAAUUGCUCAAAAUGAAAUGCAAAAUAAGAUUGUGAAGGCUGUAGUCGGUCAAUCAACUGUACUUUUGAAUAGGAGAGAAUAUUGGAAAGAUCCAUUUAGAAUGGCUGGUAUUUCAGUUCAACGAACAAUUCAGGAACCAGUGGCUGCUUGUUUGAAUUUUCACAGAAAAGCCAAAGGAAAUAUUUUGGUUAUCGAUUGGGGAAGUGAAUUGAAAAUUACAAAAAUUGUGGAGGAAGAUUCAAUAUUUGAAUUAGUGGAAACUUAUGGAGAUUCAUUACUCGGUGGUUGUGCAAUAACCAUGGAAUUGGUCAAUUUUUGUUUGAAAAAGUUGAGCAAUCAGAUAUUGGAUUAUGAUGCAAAGAGAUUAUUUUACAAAUGUGAGAGAGUUAAAGAGCUACUUUCUCAAGGAAGUUUGGAAAGUAUGAGUGUUUCAAUUGGAUAUGAAACUGUAAAUGUUAAUAGAGAUGAAUUGAAUCAAAUUUAUGAAGAAAAACUAUCACAAAUUCCAAAUAUUAUGGAAAAGAUGAAAUGUCGUUCAAUAGAAAACGUAAUUUUAUGCGGAGGCUCAUUUAACUCCAAUUAUUUGAAUGAAAGAGUAAGACAAUUAUUUAACAGUGAUAUCAACAUUCUAACCAGCUCAGAACCUGAUGAAAUUAUUGUUAGAGGAAUAGCCCAACAAGCAGAAUAUCUACACAAACCAAGACUUGACAAUUGUCUAGUUAGUUAUGUACUCCCCUUAUCUAUUGGAGUAGAUAAUGACUCUGGGAAAAUGUUGGAAAUAAUUCCACGUAACACAUGGUAUGCUACUUCAAAGGAAGCAGAAUUGACAAGGACUGUAGUGAAUGGCUCCAUAGAUCUUAACUUUUUCGAGGGAAUGUAUCAGAAUGUAAUUGAUAAUAUUUGGCUUGGACAGAUUUCUUUUCAAAAUUUAGAGAAUGACUCAAAAGUUAAAGUUUCAAUUACAAUGCAUGUCGAUGAUGAUUGUAAUAUUGUGGUGAAUGCUCUGGUGAAAGAUAUUAAAAAACAAAUUAAAAUGACAAAGUACGAUAGAACUCUCUCUAGAGAAGAACAAUUAAAGAUGAUUGAAGAUAGCUAUUCCUUGGGAGUGAAUUUGCCAGUCAUUUACAAAACAACUAUAGAUGGUUUAGAGGAAUUGGAUUAA